AUGACAAGAACUUUUUUGCAGAAAAUCUUCAGAACGCAUUUGACAAAAGAGGAUGAGGAGGACUUCGAUGAGAUUUUCAAAACAUGGAUGCAUGAGGCAGCCAAAUAUCUCGUUCUCUUCAUUUUGAUGACUUUCUUGCUGGCUUCAGAUCACAUGUAUCUCAGCGCGCUUGAUGAUUUUUUACAAGAAACGGUUUUUUACUAUCAUUUUUUCGAAAAAAAGACAGUUGAAAACCGAGUUUUGGAGAAAAUUUUCGACGGCGAAUCUUCUGAUAUCAAGUCGUUUUCCGCCUUCGAAAGCUGGUUUCGUGGAGUUUUCAAAGAAAACAUUCUUAUUGGAGAGUUUUCAACGCUUCUUAUCAAUAAACCCAGGCUCACGAGAAGAUUUGCGAACGGAUCCGUCGCCAAGACAAUUUUGGAAAGCGAGGGAAACUUCGGAAUUCAAGAGUUUGGCGAAAUAAACGACAUUGAUUUUCACUGGCAAUCUGAUGCAGCUACUUUCAUCUCAGUUGGAAACAUUCAUUUUCACCUGAGCGAGAGCACGGGUGGAGCGUCCCUGCUUCUCCAGACCUACCGAUUCGACGAAAUAACGAUCUCAUCUGUUCUCAUCGUCGCGCUCCUUUCGCUUCUAGCCCUCUUCCUGCUUUUCGAAAAAUUCUACGAGGCGUACAUUGUCGGAGAAAGAGAGUUCUUCAACGAUGCUAAUCGAACAUGCUGUUUUCUCAACAUCGUCCUCCUCUUUUUCGUCGCUUUGAAUCUUUUAUCAAUUCUAGGCACUUGCGUCCCAAAAAGAUACGAAGAGCAGCAAUGCUACGUCAUCGACAGUUUCAAAAGAAAGGCUCUCCCUCACGAAAUCCUCCUCGCCUGCUCUCUCUUCACCGCUUUCGAUGGAACCCGAUUUUUCAUCGAUAAAAAUGCCAAUCUUGAAAUCAAGGAAGAAAGCAAAGAGUUCUUCAUUUCAAAUUACUUCAAAUACGUCGUCGAAAAGAUCCUUGCUCGAUUUGACAUGGGGAGUGAUGCAGCAGAAGAAGAGAUUAAACGAUGUUUUGAUGCUAUGAAAGAGUCGAAGCAAGUUGAUUUCCUAAAACUCCAAGAAGAGCUAAAAGAAGAAGCGCAGGGAAAACAAGAUAAACUUGAUGAAGUAAUGGACUUAUUCGUUGUCAAUGCUUUGGAACAUGAAAUCGCCAGGCUCAAGUAUCAACAAGCAGUGAGAGAAGAAGUGGACAAGCUUCGACCAUAUUUUCUGACGACAAAGAAAUUCGUCCAUUUUCUCAAGCGAAUCGAAAGAAUUGAGCAGCUUAUCUUCUCAGUCAGUGAAAAUCUAGAAUACGUCGAACAAAACCUUCAACAGCUUGCUGAACCGAAAGAACGAAAAGUUAUCCGUCGCCGAAAAGUGAAAAAUCCCGACCCAACAUCUUCUGAACCGAAUUAA